CUCACAUGAUUUAUUAUGAUAGUAUCUCACUUACAGAGGAUGAUCACGUUGAUAUGGACGGCUGCGUUCAUAGCAGCGCUUGUCCUAUACUUCCGCCAUCAAGAGUAUAGGUUCAGCAUCCAUGGCGUAAAGACUUUGAGAACGUACCCAUUCUUUGGAAACAUGGCAAGGAUCGCUUUUAACAUUGACAACAUUUCCAAACACCUGGACAGCUAUUAUCAAGCCUUCCCGGGAGAAAAAUUCGUGGGAAAAUAUGAGUUUAUGAGACCAGUGCUAAUUGUACAUGAUUUGGAUUUGGUAAAAAGGAUCACUGUUAAGGAUUUUGAACACUUUAUAGACCACAGAAGUUUCGUUAGUGAAGAUGUGGAACCACUAUUUGCAAGAAAUCUUGUUUCUUUAAAAGGUCAGGAAUGGAAGGAGAUGAGGUCAACUCUGAGUCCAGCGUUCACCAGCUCGAAGAUAAAACUGAUGGUUCCCUUCAUGGAAGAAGUUGGGGAGCAGAUGAUUCGCGCUCUGAAAAAGCAGAUAAAGGAGUCUCCAACCGGUUCUAUCGACGUGGACUGCAAGGAUUUGACCUCACGCUAUGCAAAUGACGUAAUUGCUUCGUGCGCCUUUGGUCUGAAGGUGGAUUCUCAUACAGAUAGAAACAACACAUUCUUUCAAAUGGGCAGAAAUUCUUUGGCGUUCACGUGGAGGCAGAUGAUUUUAUUCCUCGCCACCUCCGCUAGUCCUACCCUUGCAAAAAAAUUAAAGCUUACGCUCUUCUCAAAAGAAACCAAGGAGUUCUUUAUCGACCUGGUGUUGGGGACCAUGAAAGAUAGAGAAGCUCGAAACAUCAUCAGACCAGACAUGAUCCAUCUCCUCAUGGAGUCUAAGAAAGGUCAACUUUCCCAUGAAGACGUAAGUUCUCCUGAAAAUGAGCCCAACGGCCGAGAUGCUGGUUUUGCAACCGUUGAGGAAUCUACUGUAGGAAAAAAGAAUAUUCACAGAGAUUGGGCCGACAUCGACUUAGUUGCUCAAGCGACAUUGUUCUUCUUGGCCGGCUUCGAGACGGUUUCCACGGGCAUGUCCUUUGCAUUACAUGAACUAGCCCUCAAUCCACACAUCCAGGAUCGUCUAUACAGGGAGAUUAAAGAAAGUGAUAAGAAACAUGGAGGCAAGCUGACCUACGCUGCAAUACAGAACAUGACAUACUUAGACAUGGUGGUGUCAGAAGUACUCAGGAUGUGGCCGCCAGGUCUGGCUUUGGAUAGAUAUUGUGUCAAGAACUACAACCUAGGAAGGCCCAAUGACGAAGCCAUUCAUGAUUAUAUUAUUCGUGAAGGAGAGGUGGUUUCGAUCCCAGUGUGGUGCUUCCACCAUGAUCCCAAAUACUUCCCGAAUCCUGAAAAAUUUGACCCGGAACGUUUCUCAGAUGAGAAUAAACACCUUAUCAACCCCAUGGCGUACCUACCUUUUGGCUCAGGUCCUAGAAAUUGUAUAGGUUCAAGAUUCGCCCUUUGCGAGCUGAAGGUCCUUUUGUACCAGAUCCUGUUAAAUAUUGAGGUGUUACCGUCUGCCAAGACCUGUCUUCCGUCCAGGCUGGCUUCAGGGUCUUUAAAUGUGCGCCUUAAGGGUGGUCACUGGUUGACUUUCAAACUGAGAGCUGAAAUCUGUAAGAUGAUUGCCCUAAUAUGGAUAGCAGUGCUUAUUGUGUUGCUAUUACUAUACUUGCGCAAGAGUUAUUCGAGAUUCAGCGACUAUGGCGUCAAGAAUCCUGAUACUUUGCCGGUUUUCGGAAAUAUGGCAAGAAUCUUCUUUGGUAUUGACAACUUUACCGCAGAUAUGGAUAAGUAUUAUUAUAAUUUCCCCGAAGAAAGGUUUGUGGGCAAAUAUGAAUUUCUGAGACCAACCCUGAUUGCAAGAGACUUGAAUUUAGUGAAGCAAAUCACGAUUAAAGAUUUCGACUACUUCGUAGAUCACAGAGGAUUUACCGAUGAAAAAGUUGACCCGCUAUUUUCAAGAAACCUGAUUUCUUUAAAAGGUCUUGAAUGGAAAGACAUGAGAUCAACUUUGAGCCCAGCGUUUACCAGUUCCAAGAUAAAACUGAUGGUUCCCUUCAUGGAAGAAGUUGGGGAGCAGAUGAUUUGCGCACUUAAAAAGAAGAUUGCGGAGUCUCCAACCAGUUCUAUUGAUAUCGAUUGCAAAGACUUGACAACACGCUAUGGAAGUGAUGUGAUCGCUUCUUGUGCCUUCGGGCUGAAGGUGGACUCCCUUACCCAUGAAAACAACAAGUUCUUCUUAAUGGGCAAGAAAGCUUCAGCCUUCAAGCUCAGGCAAAUCCUCAUCUUCUUUAUUAUGUCUGCUUGUCCUAUAGUUGCUAACAAACUAAAACUCACUAUAUUCUCUGGUGAUACCCAAGACUUCUUCAUCAAAUUGGUGUUGAAUACCAUGAAAGAUAGAGAAGCACGUCACGUUAUCAGACCAGACAUGAUCCAUCUCCUUAUGGAAGCGAAAAAGGGUCGCCUUUCGCAUGAGGAAAAAAAUAGUUCUGAAAAUGGUAACAGUGGCCGGGAUGCUGGCUUUGCUACCGUAGAGGAAUCUAACGUUGGCAAGAAGAUCACAGACAGAGUCUGGUCCGACAUCGAUCUCGUCGCGCAAGCAUCGCUGUUCCUGAUCGCUGGCUUCGAGACGGUAUCAACGGGUAUGGCCUUCGCUUUACACGAGCUGGCCCUCAACCCGGAUAUCCAGGACCGACUGUACCAGGAGAUCAAGGAGAGUGACGCCAAAAAUGGCGGCAAGCUCAGCUAUACCGAUAUACAGGACAUGACGUACUUGGAUAUGGUUGUCUCAGAAGUACUCAGGAUAUGGCCACCAGGUGCGGCCUUGGAUAGAAUCUGCGUCAAAGACUACAACAUGGGGAAACCCAAUGCCAAAUCCACCCAGGACUAUAUUAUGCGUAAAGGCGAAGCCAUCUGGGUCCCAACAUGGAGCUUCCACCGCGACCCUAAAUAUUUUCCGAACCCUGAAAAAUUUGACCCCGAGCGUUUUUCGGAUGAGAAUAAACACCUCAUCAACCCCAUCGCUUACAUGCCUUUUGGUCUGGGCCCGAGAAACUGUAUAGGUUCAAGGUUCGCGCUGUGUGAGAUAAAGGUCUUCAUGUACCAGGUCUUAUUGCACUUUGAGGUAUCACCAUCGGCCAAGCUGAAGCUUCCGCCGAGGCUGUCGACGGAAUCCUUCAACCCUCGGCUUGUGGGUGGUCACUGGUUAACUUUCAAAUUAAGAGCUUGAGGGUAGACAUUAAUUUGUCUUCUGGAGUACUGGAAUGUUAAAGAAAGUUGUAUUAUUAUCUUGAAAUAAUCGUAUUGUUCUAGCUUUUAGAUAUUAUUUAAUUUUGUAAUUUCUACUAACAAGUUAUAAUAAAUGUCAUAAUCAAAAACUACACAAUUA